AUGCCUGAAGGACGUCAAUCUCCUGCUCCCGAGCAACAGAGCGGUCGCCAGCAGCAGGAUCCCCCUGCCUCUGGAAAGGGUAUCAACGAGACCGACAACAAGGAUCCCAAGGCUCAGCUUGAGAACCUCUCAUCAAACCCCAAGGGUAUCACCGACGAUGAGGUCGAGAAGAAGUUCGCCAAGACCGAGAAAUACAAAUGA